CGUCUCACGUCAGUCGUAACCUGUUUUAUUGAAAAAUGAUAAGCGGCUUAAAAAUUCUGCCUUUUCUAUUUUGUAUUACAUUUUAGAUUAUUGUAGGAAAUGUAUUAUAUACGAUACACAAGAAUUCAUUAUUAUUUAAGGCACAUUCCAUAAUUUUUAUGCGCUAAAUUAUAAUAUUGUCAUGCUAUUACACUGUAUUCCUGAAGCAGUUAGUAAGUAGUACAUAAAACACCCAUUAAACAUUUUCUUAUUCAAACCAUGGCUACUAAACACAAAAACAUCUUUACGCGGUCAAAACCGUUAAUGAAUAUAUAUAGUGCGGUCGAUAAUCAAGGGAAAGAGGUUGAAGUACGUGAAGAUGCAGAACAGUUGGUAAAAUGGCAUGAAAUAUCAGAUGCACUUGUUGCAGCUGGUUACUAUAGAGCUCAGCUGCAAGGCCUAUCAGCUUUUGACAAAAUUGUUGGUGGUCUUACUUGGUGCAUUGAAUUAUGCGAUAUUGACAUAGAUAUAAACCUGUUGUUUGAGGAGAACCUGACCAUUGGUAAAAAAAUAGCAUUAACAGAAAAAAUAGUAAAAGUACUACCUACUAUGAAGUGUCCAUACAUUAUAGAACCUCAUCAAAUACAAGGUUUAGAUUUCAUAAAUAUAUAUCCAUUGGUGCAGUGGUUGAUUAAAUAUUCAAGUGAAUUUCGGGAAGCUAAGGAAGAUGAACUUCGUAAGUUUGCUGUCAUGCAGUAUGAAAAAGAACACAUAUUUGAAUCAGAUAGAGCACUUUACUUACAAAAAGAAAAAUUAUUAAGAAACCUUUCAAUUGUACAGAAUUUAUAUAAGCCAUGUAGAGUUCGUAAAAGAAAAGGUGGUUUGUCUUCCAAUGAACUAGAACAGGUAAAUGCAGUACUGUCUGAAUAUGAUCAGCGUGUCUUAAUGCAUAUAUCUAAUAGUAAAAAUGAUUCACAGCCUGAUGAAGGAUUAGAAAUAUUGUAUGACUAUGAGAAAACUCUUGCUGAUCCAUCAGAAAUCACGACAGAGACCAACAAGUUUGUUGAUGAAAGCAAUGAAAAGGACAAUGGAGAUAGCAAAAUACAUUAUGUUGUUUUACAAUCGGAGCUCACCGGUGACAUUCCAAAGGAGUUAGAAGAAAGUGAAAAGUUAAAAUACUCAGAAGAUAUAGAACAAUUAGGCAACGUCAUUAACACAAUGGAGAGUGAGGUGGAUGCUGUAAGGAAGGAACACGAGGAAAGAAUGGACAAAGCGAAGAAGAAAUAUACCCAUGUAGUCAAUAAAUUGCAGAAAAUUACAAGUAAACUUACGAAAACUGAUGAUUACAGUGAUAAAAAGGUGAAAGAGUACUACAAGUCAUUGAAAGACCUUGCCAGGGAACGAAAUGAGUUAUUAAAGGUUAUUCAUCAGAGGGAGCUCGAACACAAGAAACUAAAUGAAGAACUAAGAACUGCUCAAGAGCCCACAGCUGUCGUUGAAGAGGAACCAUUGACGCCCGCCGAGCUGAAAGAAUUUAACGACAGAGAGAAGAAAUUAAAAGACUUUAUAAGUAAAAUUAGAUCUGAACUGGGACAUCUCAAUCGUCAGGUUUUGAGAUACACGGUAGCCAUUGAUGAGGUUCCAGGGACUGCAGAACUAUUGCAAUACGAGAAACGUUUUGUUGAAUUAUAUAAUCAAGUUGCGUCAAAACACAAAGAAACAAAGCAGUAUUAUAUAUUUUACAAUACACUUUACGAAGUUAAGCUUUAUACCUCGAAAGAAUUGAGUUUGCUUAAUUCUAUUUUGGAUAAUUAUGACGAGGUAAUGUCAUCGCCAAGAAAACGAGAGGAAUUUAUGACGCAGUUUGAGUCUAUCGUUGAUUGGGUGAAUAAAACUGUACGGAAAGUUGAGGAGAAGUAUAAAAAUGAGAAAGAACAAAAGGCAGCUCUUCAUACAGAAUAUUGCAGGCUAAUGGAUGUACAGAGACAAUACGCGGCUGCCCUGAAGAAACUCGCCUCUGAAAGACAUAGAAUCGGCUCUGAAGAACACUGAAGAAUUUGUUACAAGUUUUAUUUAUUGUGCAAUGAUAAAAUAUAUUUGUUUAUUAAAUUGUUUAUAGUAUUUUGGUUUGCAAUCAAUCUAACAAGUUCACUUUUUUUUUUGUUCUAGUCAUAUGACAUUGCCUAGCAUAAUGUGGGAUCUUAUAAAUAUGUCUGGGAUAUAGCUUUUCUAUCCGGACUGCUGAGUCCUGAAUGUCUAACAAACAACCGACUCAGUAGUCGAGGGGUCGAUUGUUAGACGUUUAAAUAAAACUUUAUUUCACUAUUGAAAGUUAUAUAAGAGUUUUGGCAAUAGCAGAGUUAAAAGUAAAAUAAGGGAUUUGAUAAACCAUUUCUAGGAUAUAUUCGUAAUACAUAAUAUAUACAUAUAUUCAAAUUCAAAUUCUUUAAUUAUGAUAUGGUUUUAAGUAUUGUUAAUAAUAUUUACACUAUCACUGAGAUUCAAACUUUGUAAAUUGUUAUAUUAACAAAAGAUACAACGAAUUAUACCUACUUCACGUGACGUUAUAUUUUGGGUAUUCGUAAUUAAAAACGUAUUUUUUAUUUAA